AUGAGCAGCCAUAAUGAUGAUACCCUGCUGCUGCAGGACGCGUAUGAGCUCCUCGGUAUUGAAAUUGACGCGACUGAAGCGCAAAUACGUACAGCAUACAGGAAGAAGUCAUUGCAACUUCAUCCAGAUAAGGUCAAAGAUGUACCGCCCGACGUAGCGGCAGAUCGGUUCCACCGUUUGACCUUGGCCUAUGAAGAGCUCAUGAACCCCACCAAACGCGCCAGCUUGGCUGAAUCGCUGCAGCGUGAACGAGAAAAGCGGGCCAGAAGAGCUGCUUUUGAUGAUCGAAGGCGUGCUAUGGCAGCUGACCUAGAGCAGCGUGAGGAACAAGACCGUCGAGCGCGUAUGGAGCGCGAACAGAAACAACGCGAACGUGAACAACGCAUUGUUGCUUUGCGUGAAGAAGGUCGGGCGUUGCGUAUUGAGAAGCAUGAGCGGCUUUUAAAAGAAUGGCAGACUCGGUCACUGCAAUCCAGACAAACGGCAUCUUCACAAACCCCUGUAAACCAGGACGACGGGUUGCCGGCAUGGAUGCCCAACGACACCACUGUAUUGAUACGCUUUCCCACUGAGCAGGUCCUUGAUAUGUUUGGUUCGGAGGAAAUACCAGAGACAGUUUUGCCUUCGCCUCUGGCUGAGGCAUUGGCCGAGGCUUACGGCUCUGUGACCUCCCUUCAACCGAAACAGAGUCAGAAGAAGCGCAGAGAGGUGACGGUUUUGACUACCUUUUCUCAUGGUGUAUAUGCAUGGCGCGCUGUGAACGAAGGUGCCGAGCUGAGAUGCACACAUCCUCUCUUACAAGAUUGCUGGAUCAGUUGGGUGGAUGAAGCAGGAAAAGCACGCGCAGAUCCUCCGCCUCGCGUAGCGGCAUGGAUACAGCAAGGCGUUACGGCUGACAAGGCACCUAUCCAAGCAACGGUACCACAUGAUCGCGCGCCUGACUUUGACUAUGACUAUGAGGCUCGUACCCUGGAACGAAUUCGGGCAGCUGCCAUCGCUACCUCGGCCUAG